AUGUUUGCGGAACAAAAUAAAAAGCGAGAUGCGCUAUCCCAUCCGAUUACCGCGAAAGCCGUGAAAAUUUAUGUGAUCUUUGCUCUGUUGCUCUUACUAAACCAUGACCUCAGAAAAGAAUGCGCAGGUUGGACAAGCUCGAGAGGCCUUUCAAAUGAUGUAUCAGAUUUCACAACUCCUUUGUACAGGCUUAGAUGCCGAAGCUCUUUCAAUUUGCAUCAGACUUUGUGA